AUGCCCUUCCUGCGCUUCCUGUGUUACUCCCCUCACCUGCCUGUUCCCCUCCAGGUGUAUCGUGGGCACACCAGCCUCGUGCGCUGCAUCAGCCUCUCGCCGACUGGGCAGUGGCUGGCAUCAGGCUCCGAUGACGGCACCGUCAAGUUGUGGGAGGUGAGCACGGCCAGGUGUGUGAGGACGCUCCCGCUGGCAGCGGCCGUGAAGAGCAUCGCCUGGAACCCCAACCCCUCCAUCUGCCUGGUGGCCGUGGCCGUGGAGCACACGGUGCUGCUGGUGAACCCCGGCCUCGGGGACAAGCUGCUCUGCGGGGCCACCGACCAACUUCUGGAAGGCCACGUGGCCCCUGAGGAGGGCCGCCUGCAGCCCGUCACGUGGGAGGAGGCCACGGAGGAGGAGGAGCGCCGCCUGGGGGUGCGGCUCAGACUGAGCUUCGGGAAGCCCUUGAAGCAGGUGGCCUGGCACGGGAAGGGGGACUACUUUGCCACGGUGGUUUCGGACAACAGCCACCUGCAGGUGCUGAUCCACCAGGCCAGCAAGCGCUGGAGCCAGGUGCCCUUCCGCCGGAGCACGGGCCAGGUGCAGCGCGUCCUCUUCCACCCGCUGCGGCCCUUCUUCUUCGUGGCCACGCAGCGCUUCGUCCGCAUCUACCACCUGCUCAAGCAGGAGCUGACCAAGAAGCUGCUGACCAACUGCAAGUGGGUCUCCAGCAUGGCUGUGCACCCCGGAGGUGACAACUUGAUCUGCGGCAGCUACGACAGCAGGCUGGUCUGGUUUGACCUGGACCUCUCCACCAAGCCCUACCGGGUGCUCAGGUAGG